AUGGCCAAAAAAUGCAAAGCCCAGCUUGGUCCCUCCGACAAUGAGCAAGAUGACAAUGGCCUGCCUUCAGAAGACAAUACCAUUGGGGUAAGAACACGCUCUAAGACAGGUGGCAAGUCUUUGAAGAGCGCAGUCCCAUCUACCUCCCGCAAAUAUGGAGGCUCAAAGCCAGCGCCCUGGAAGAAGAAGGUCAACCAGCCUCUCAGCAAGGCAGAGAUGGAAAAGCUCAAGAGGCUUCAGAAGCGUGCUGGUCUUUCUCAAAAGGAUGAUGAUGAUGACAUUGAUGUUAGUAAGGAACCAGAAGCAGGAACAGGGCCCUGUGAACGCCAGGAUGAUGAAAUGGAGGAACAGGAUACUUCUCGAAGACAUGAAGAGCCUUCUGCUGGUACUGACCAGCUGUCACAGAACCCUCCAACUUCUCAUCGUCAAAUGCCCAGCCAGGCUCUGCCUCAUUCAUCCCAAGCCCCAGCGUCUUCAGUACCAGUACAAGCUCAACAGAUAGCGGCUACACAAAGUUCAUCGCGACAAAGUUCAUCACGACCACAACCACAACCACACCAAAACGAGAUAUCAGAAUCUGAGAAUGAUGAACAAGGUAUUAUUGGACGUAAGUCAUCAGACAGUGAAGAGGAGGAAGAGGACGACGAGGACCUGGAUGACGAGGAGGAGAAUGCCUUACCUCUGGCAACUAAUGGGAUCUCUGUUAGCCCAAAUCCUACUGUGGCAGUCAAGGCAGCUCGAUGCCAGGCAAUUGGCACCAGGACCCCCAAAAAAGAGCGUUGCAGUGGCAAGGUUGUUGAAGCCGACUUCAGUCCCAACACCCUUGUUCUUGCAAAGGCAGCAAAGAGAUACACACAAGAGCGUGCAGCCUUUGGGGAGGCGUUUCCUCCCCAGGAUGCUGAAGGGCGAGAAGCUUUCAUGAUGACUAUGUUUGAGAAAGCUGCAAAGAAAGGUGACAACAAGCUUGACAGGGCAGGGGUCAAUGAAGUAUCCGGCCUGAUGAUGAAGACUGUUCUUCAGUGCGCUGCAAAGAGCAGUGAAGUCUAUGAUAAGCUCUCAAUUUUUGCUAUGUAUGGCAAGAGAGACCUUACGGCCACUGUCGUGAAGAGAACCAGAGAAAUGAUUGGGGCUGGCUAUGGAAUUCCUGGAAAGCUCAGUCAAGAUGAGAUUAUUGAUCUUGUCAAGUGGCUCCUGCAAGGCUCGCGUUUCCGUUGCAAUGGCCUGGAUUUUCAGAACAAGACGUUUGAUGCUGAAAAGCCUUUCCUUCAUCCAAUCAUCGGCGAGAUAAUCAAGCGCAUAUGGUUCAUGAAAGCAAAAUCUGAUCAACCAGCUCUGAGCCAGAUGAUCUGGAAGAAGAAGGUUUUUGCAGGUGUUAUUAUUCUCAUUACUACCUGUGUUGAACAUUGUCUCAAGGGAUGGAGUGGAGGUUCAGAGCUGAUACACCACUUUAGCGAAGCCAACUGUAGUGACAGAUAUGCACAUUUCACAGCGCUUUGGGAAGAAUUUGCUGAAGGAGCACCCGAUUUCAUGCAGGCGGUAGAAGAGGCGACGUAUGACAACAUAAUAUGUGGCAUAAAGAACAUUGCACUCAUCACCACCGUGGACAAGAAGGAGGUCAAGGCUAGUCUACAUGGUGUGAAUCUUGCUGCUCUCAAUGCCCGCGCUGCUGCACUAUCUGCAAGAUCUCAACCUGAACACACCUCUGCUUCGUCUUCCACUGCCACUUCCACUGCCGCUUCAUCUUCUACUGCAUAA